CAGAACAUGCCAUGAUAAUAAUACAAGUCUUCUAUUAAUAUGGACCUGCAGAGACAACUCUAACCGAAACUUGCUAAUAGAAAAUGCCGUUCUUGUGGCUGAAACUAUUUCAUUUCUUCGCCUUGUUAUGCAUUGCUGGCGCAGUGAUACAUCUACCACAUAACAUUACGAUUCCAGCACUCAUCGUGUUCGGAGACUCCAUAGUCGAUACUGGCAACAAUAACUACAUCAAAACAAUAGCUAAAGCCAACUUUCCUCCUUAUGGCAAGGAUUUUGUGGGAGGAAAGCCGACUGGACGGUUUUCUGACGCGAAAGUUCCAUCAGACCUUAUUGCUGAAGAGUUGGGAAUCAAACCUCUUUUGCCUGCAUAUCUCGAUCCGUCUCUGCAACCUCAAGAUCUCCUAACAGGUGUCAACUUUGCAUCUGGAGCAGCAGGAUUUGACCCUUUAACAUCUGAUCUCGCGUCAGUCUUGUCCUUAACCGAUCAGUUGGCAUUGUUCAAAGAUUACAUAACAAAGCUCAAGAAGAUUGCUGGAGAGGAAAGAUCGUCCAAAAUCUUGCAAGAAAGUCUAGUUAUACUGGUCGCGGGCAGCAAUGACAUUACCAACACUUACUUUGGUACGCCUUUGAGACAGUCUCACUAUGAUGUUCCUUCUUACACCGAUCUUCUAGUCAGCUACGCUUCCAGCUUCGUGCAGGACUUGUACCGUUUGGGGGCACGCAGAAUCGGCCUUCUUAGGUUGCCGCCAAUAGGAUGUCUGCCAUCACAAAGGACUUUGAGAGGAGGACCUGCAAGAAACUGCGUUGAUGAGUACAAUCAAGUCGCACAAUUAUUCAACAAGAAACUGUCGGCUGCCCUGAACUCCAUCAACCGACAAUUCCCAGAAGCAAGGCUCGUGGACAUUGAUAUUUACAAUUAUUUUCUCGACCUCAUUCAGAACCCGCAAAAAUAUGGAUUCAAGAUUGCAGAUAAGGGAUGCUGCGGAACAGGGACGGUGGAAGUAGCAUUUCUUUGCAAGUAUGCGUGUCCGGACGUAUCCGACUACGUAUUUUGGGACAGUUUUCAUCCGACAGAAAGAACGUACAGGCUCAUCGUACAUCAGAUCCUGGAGCAAUACAUCAACAGCUUCAUCAUGUGAUUUCGUUUCUACUAUGCUCCUGCAGAUUCAUAUACUCCCUUCUCUCAUCCUAGUUCAGUUUCAAAUAUAGAGAUAUACUUAUAAAUUGUAAGGGGUAGAGGAUCAUACCCUCCAUCUUAGUCUUUUGUUGUUCUUCUAUUACAGAAGAUAGAAGUAUUAUGAAUUCAUACAGCAUGGUAUGAAUUCGUUCUUGGAAAGUUGGCUCUUUGGAGGUGAAACAAAAUUUACAUCAAAGGUAUAAUAUGUAUUGCAAGAGAAAU